UUAUCCCAUCCAAACCAACGGAAACCUCUUUGAUUUAUCUGAAACAACUGUCCUUUUUCGUCCAUCCACAAAAUAUACCUGCCAUUUUUCUCUGCUCUUUUUCAUUAUUCACCAAACAAAGAGGUUCUUCCAUAAAAGAAAAAAAAAGAGGCUUUUUUUUUGUGGCGGAGAGAGACGGAUUGGGCAAAAUGGACGGUAACACUACGGAGGCUGAGCGGUGGUUGAGCAUAGCGGAGAAGCUAUUGGCGACGCGUGAUUUGCACGGGACCCGAACCUUCGCGAUCCGAGCCCGUGAAUCGGCUCCUAUCCUGGCCGACCAAAUACUUGCGGUGACGGACACCCUCUUAACGGCACAAUCUAAUACUCAAGAUUGGUACAGGAUCCUCCAACUCGUGCCGUUAACUCAGUCCAUGGAGGUCGUGGCGAGUCAGUAUAGGAAACUCGCUCUUCUUUUGAAUCCUGGGAGGAACAGGCUCUCUUUCGCAGAUCAGGCGUUUCGAUUCGUUUCUGAAGCUUGGAAUGUGUUGUCUAACCCUUCUAAGAAGGCCAUUUAUGAUAACGAGUUGAGGUUCCUUCAGUAUGGUCAGGUGAGUCAACCCGGUGAACAACAAAAUCAUCAACAACAACCACAGCUUCAGCAACAGCAACAACAACAAGAGAAGCAGCCGCAAACGCAGACGCUGUUCAUGCAAUCGCAUCCGCUUCCUGCGCCGAAGGAAACUCAAACGCUGUUUAUGCAAACUCCGCAGAAAGAGACGCCGACGCAAGUUACUCAGCCGCUAUUCACGAGAAGAAGCCCUAGAAAUACUGAUAGAGAAGGGAAUGCUGAUUUAGGAGGCGGCGGGCAGUCGGGUCUCAAUAACAAGCCGCCGGAGCAAAAUCGGUCGACUGAGCCGAUAUGGAAGAGGCAGAUGAAUCAGAUUGGUUUAGGUGAGAGCAGUCAGGUUAGACAGUCAGGGUCAGUCGAUUCCAGCCAGAUUAAUCAAACAGGAACAGAUAGCUCGAGUCAGUUUAAUCGGGCCGAGCCAGCUCGUACGAGUCAAAUUAACCAGACCACAACUCCUCCUCCUCCUCCUCCUCCUCCUAGGGCGGAUAGUCAGACACAGGCAACUAAUGUGUCUCAGCCUAGAGAAGCCACUGAGUCAGAGGUGCUGACAUUCUGGACAGCUUGUCCGUACUGUUACGUUCUCUAUGAGUAUCCAAAGUUGUAUGAAGAUUGUACAUUGAGGUGCCAGACUAAGAACUGCAGGAGGGCUUUUCAUGCGGUUGUGAUACCGUCGCCGCCAGUAAAUGGAAAGGACACGCAUUUCAACUGCUGGGGGUUUUUCCCAUUAGGAUUUUCUAGGAGCGGUAAUUUUCCCAGUUGGUCACCUAUUUCGACCAUGUUUGCUUGCCCUAAUAACCAGAAUGCUGCAAAACAAAAUACUGCCAAAAAGUCUGCUCCAAGAGUAUAUUACGAUGAUGAUGAUGUACAUGAAGAUAUUUCUGACUCAAUUGGGACUUAUGAUGACGAUGAUGAUGAUUGGCAAAAUGAGAAGAGGAAGAAGGCAAAGAAUGCUAAAAGGAAAGUGUCUGUGGGGAGGAAUGCUAAGAAACCACAGAGCGAGGGAAUUAAGCAGCAGACUAAUGAGAAAGCUAGUGUUGAUCACAGUGGGAAUCUGAUUGGUGUGUCCACGGUGCCUGAUGGUGUGCCAACUGCUGAAUCGAGCCGAAGGGGGGUUGUUAAUAGCGGGAGGAAGCAGAUGGGAAGGGUGGCAAAGAAUUUGGGGAAGUUGGAUUUGAAUGUGGAGUUUAGCAAUGAAGUUGAAGAGCCUGCGCCGAGGAGGAACGAGGGAAAUCACGACGGCUAUGUGGAGGAGGAUAACAUUGAAGGGAAUGGGUUCUUUGAGGGUCUUGAUGAGUAUUUGAAUAGCUUACCUAUACUUUCGGCUGUUGGGGAUGAUAAAGUUAAGGCUACUUAGUGAAGUAAGAUCCUUUUUUUUCUGCAGUAGUUGCA